ACAAACCACCCCUUGUAGCUUACAAACUGCGUCAGAUGAGAAGCUUCUCGCUGCCUUGGACACAUCUCUGUCUUAGAUCCUGAGAUCUUCAGAAGUUGUCGUCAACGUCAGCUAACCUAAACCUGAAUUUGGACAUAGCUCAAUUCUGUACGCUGCACAAUGGUUCAAGGUGUUUCGGAGAUAGCUGCAAUGUGUGUCGGUCUGAUUGGACUGAUAGGGGCGGCGGCUACUACAGGGAUGCCCAUGUGGAAGGUGACAGCUUUCAUUGGGGAGAACAUAAUUGUGAUGGAAACUCGCUGGGAAGGCUUGUGGAUGAACUGCUACCGACAGGCCAACAUCAGGAUGCAGUGUAAGGUGUACGAUUCCCUGCUGUUCCUGCCCCCGGAGUUACAGGCAGCCAGGGGUCUGAUGUGCUGUUCUCUGGCCUUGUCGGGGCUCGGGCUCCUUGUGGCUCUGGCAGGAAUGCGGUGUGUUUCCUGUUUUCAGGGUAAUGAUUGGGCUAAGACCAUUAUCCUGAUGGUUGCAGGUGGUAUGCAGUUCCUGGCCUGUAUCUGUGUCUUCAUCCCCGUGUCAUGGACGGGUCAUGUCAUCAUUACGGAUUUUUACAAUCCUUUGCUCAUUGAUGCCCAGCGGAGGGAGCUGGGAGAGGCUCUCUAUAUCGGUUGGGUUACGGGGGCCUUCCUCUUUGCCUCAGCCAUGUUGUUCGUCUGCCGCCGCAUGCCUUCACAAAAAGGCUCGUUCAAUGUGUACCACCGAGGCAACUUGCUCAGCUACAAACCAGCAGCCAACAGACCAACUCCAGUGAGUUAUCAUCCUAUCUCGACUCUUUCCAGCCUCCAAUCCACUGUAUUCCAGCCUUCUCUGCAGAACGGUAGCUCUGCUGGACAACAACUUGCCACACCGCUGCAAAACAUCCCUCAAGUAAUGACAAAUAAUGAAUCACUAAUCAAUCCUCAUGUUGUUUAUAACCGGAGUCUGCCUGAGAAUACGUCGUUGCUAUAUCAAGGUAGCAUUGCUCAUCAUUCCUCUAUGCAGGGUUCAAACCACGUUGGAAGCCUCUAUACGCCAGGCAACUCAUUGUACAUGAGCCAAAACACUACGCCAUAUUCACUGGGGAAUACCAGCAAUCCCAGUUUCUAUCCAGUUCCACACACUCCUAUUUUCAUUGGAUACAAAGAAUCAAGAAUUCAACCAGGGUCUCUCAGCGGGAACAGUCAUAGUGUGUACAUAUAAAGAAAAAUCCUGAGUGAGUUCCGGUAGCAGUUUAAACUUUACAAAUUCAAGCAUUUUCUUUUAUCAUCACAAGUGAAUUUAAACUGCUACACAUUUGAGGAAAGAUGGAGGUAAAUUAUGUUAUCUGCUUUUAUAAGGAUUAUCUAGAUGCACAGGCUACUUAGCAUUUUCAACUUUUUUUCUUUUUUACUAUUAAUACACUUUGUAUAUUUUGUGUUGUGCUAGAAAAGGGGGGGUUACUGGAACAGCCUGAACAUAAAUAAUGUUGUUGUUUGUGUGAUGUUUUUUCAUGAAGCUCUGGCAUGGACAUACUUUUCCCAAAACAGCAAGACUAUGAGAAAUCAUCUGUUUGGAACAUUACAGCCUUAUGGUUUGUUUCUUUGUGACCAUCUGUUCAUCAUAUUUUUAAAUUUGUUGUACAUGUGUCCCUGCUUAUUGCCCAUGUCUGCUGUUAGGAUUGGCUCUGUGUGGCAGUGCAGAAAUAAACAUCUCAAAUAAGUAAAAUAGACAAAUUAACGUCAAAGAUAAAAUAUGUUGCACAAAAUUAAUAAAUGUCAAGUGUUUC